UCAAUGCACAAAUGUCAUUCGUCCAUUCAUUUCCACCGAGUCAAAACAAAUCGCAAAAAUGAAAUUUUUGACGUGGCACGUUACUUUAGUUCUCCUUGCAAGUUUAUGUUUAUUCUCAAAUUUAUCAAUUAAAACCACAGCCCAAGAAAUCCACAGACCAUGGUAUGAAAAUUUACCAGCUGUAGCAAUGGACUACAAAGUUCAUCUGGACGCUGGAAAAGAGGAUUGCUAUCAUCAAUAUGUCCAACCCGGAGCAACUUUCUAUGUAUCAUUUAGUGUUGUACGUGGUGGCGAUGGAAUGGCCGGAUUCGCUGUGCGCAAUCCAGCCGGAGCAAUUGUAAAGCCAUAUCAAUGGCUGCCUACAGCCGACUAUACAGAACAAACCUCACCCGGGGGAUACUAUGCCGUGUGCAUAGAUAACCAGUUCUCUAGGUUCGCUGGCAAACUCGUCAACAUCUACAUAACUGUGGUUAAGUAUGACGCCUGGGACAAGUAUGCAAAGGAAAUUGAAGCUCUGCAAUUGAAUAUGCAGAAUUUCACGCAAACAAUUGGACUUGUUGAGAGAAAUAUCAACGACAUGUUGUCGUAUCAAUCUUAUAGUAAAAAUCGGGAGGCUCGAGAUUAUGCUCUCUUGUUGGACAACAACAAAUAUGUACAAACUUUCUCUGUUAGCCAAAUUUUGGUGAUACUUGGAACUUGUUCAGUUCAAGUUUACUUCGUAAAGAAAUUAUUUGAUAUUAAAGCUGGCUCAUCUAGGAGUCGCAUCUAAAAGUACUGAAAGCAUUAAUUUUUUUUUUAAUUUUUAUCCUUUCUCACUUUUUAUUCGAGAAUUAAGCUAACUUAACACAAAUGAUUCCAAUUUUUCGUAAGAUAUUUUUUUUUUCAUGUAAUGUAAAUUUCAAAGAAACGAGAACUUUUGUAUUUCCAUUCCACAAACUAAACCAGAACUAGAACUGGCAAUCAUGAGAGUGACAAAAUAAAUAUAAUUCCAGUUGACUUGGCAUGUUACUUUAAUAA